UAAUUACUGGCUCGUGUGUUCAAUAGUUGACGUUUCACGACCAUUCGUCACUUUAAGCCCGCAAUAGACGUGCACGCGACCUGCAAUAUUUCCGUCUGAACUCAAUUCAUGGGUUUAACUUGUUCACAAAUCUAGACUUUAUUGUAUAGUACCAUAUUAAUUGACUCGGCAUUAAUCUCUUACCCGCGUUACUCAGUUGUUUUAUUAGAAACAAAGUGAGCAAAGCACUUCAUUUAAGCUCCGGUCUAACCAUGGUGCGCUACGGCGGCGGGGACACGGGACUGAAAGCAAAGGAAUCCGUGAACGAGAACCAUUGGUUUGAAAAACCACCGAAAAGGGGAUUCCUAGCUAGCAAAUUCGUUGAGUUUUGCAACAGAACAGAUUUGCACGGUUACAAGUAUAUUGUUAUGGAGGAUAUUAAUAUGCCGGAGAGAAGCCUGUGGGCGCUGGCGGUGGUUUUGAGCGUCGGCGUUGCGGCUUACUUCGUCGUCACCGCCUACCGUUGGUACGCUCGGAAUCCUAUCGUCACGGUGAUCGAGAGCACUCACGGUCCCGUCUGGGACGUGCCAUUUCCAGCUGUCACUAUUUGUGAUUUGAAUACCAUUUCUCGGAGAGCGGCAAAGGAGUUCGCCGCAAAUGUGACCCUCCCUCCGAACAUCACCCCGGAGAAUGUGUUCGAGUACCUUCGCUGGGCUCCCCUCCUUCAUUCCUCGUUCCAAGCCAAUGAGACACAAAAAUGGAUGUUGAGCAAGCUACAAGAUGUGCUAGAUCUCAAUAAAAUUACAACGGAAACACUUUUUGCAAGUAUGUCGCCAGUGUCCUCUUGUGGCCAGUUGGUACAGCGCUGCAUGUGGAAGAACACCGUGUACCGCUGCGAGAUGCUCUUCCAGCAGGUGUUCACGCAGCUCAACCUGUGCUGCGCGUUCAACUACUUUGCGGUCAACGUCUCUCUCAACACAUUGCAUGCGACCAACGAGUUAGGCAAGCAGGUGGCGCCACGCCGCGUGGCCUCAUGUGGCUACCAGACCGCGCUCACCGUGCUCAUCAACACCGCGCCUGACGACUACUACAGCUCUGCGGUGGCCUCGCAGGGCGCGCUGGUGUUGAUAGACGACUCGUACAACUUGCCGGACCUGGACUCGCAGGCGCGCAUGGUGAACCCGUCCACGGAGGUGCUGAUAUCGUUGUCGCCCGAACGCACAUAUGCCACGCCUGGCAUCAAGUCCUUCAUACCGGAACAGCGGCAGUGCUACUACAACGACGAGCGUCAAAUAAGCCAGUUCCGCCACUACUCUUACCAUAAUUGUAUGGCUUUCAAGAAGGUGCAGUACAUUAAGAAAACGUGUGAUUGUUUGCCAUUCUACUUUCCAACUACAGAUGAUCAUCGAAAAUGUAAUUUUAAGGACUUGGACUGCUUAGAAAAAAUAGGAUCAACAAACGAAAGCGAGCCCGAGCCAGACGACGUUAUGCAGUGCUUGCCAGAGUGCGAGCAUUACGACUACCCGUUGGAAGUGGCCCUGGGCAUGCUGGCAAAGCAAUCCAAACUGAAUGGGAUCGCAUUCUUUAACGACGUCAAUUUGGACAACCGUUCGCUGCUGAAUGUGUUCUUCAACGACUUGGUCUCGACCAGAUACCGCCGUGAUGUUUAUUUAAACUGGCAAAACAUUCUUGCUUCGUUCGGCGGCCUACUCAGUCUGAUGCUCGGCUUCACACUAAUAUCCGGUUUUGAUCUUAUUAUAUUCUUCACCUUCAGAAUAGCUUAUGAUGCAUUGAAAACAAUUUCCUCCAAUGAAAGCCAGAAACAAGACUACACUAGCAAACGAGGGGAGCCCUCUUUCGCCACGAAAGAGUUAUAUGUUGGAAAACCAUUGGAAUGGGAAACGGAAAGGCGCUACGGAAAUGUAAAGUACUGAAAAAGAAAGUACCUACGUCAAUUUUUCUGAAAAAUCUGUAUCUGUUCUGUACUGUGCUUAGUAUUAACUAAUAAAUAAUGGUACAAUGCCUCAGGGGCCUAUUUUAGAUUUAAGCUAGUUAUUAAUUUCGUUUAGUUGUACCACUGUAUAUAUAUUGUAUGUAAAUAAAUGCUUUAAAAAAAAAUUAUUUAAAAUAAAAAAAAAAUCAAUUUCUCUCAUUGUACUUAUAAGGUAUUAUUAAAUAUCGGACACGGACAAAUUGCCAAAAAUAUGUACACACUACCUAAACUACCUUGAUGUAUGGGCAAUACCGUCGUGUAGAUAUACAUAUUUCUGGUACUAUAUCUGUGUUGAUAUGUUUAGCAUCUCCCAGUCUCCUGAAAUAAAUCAAAAUACAGUUAUAGAUUGUAAAUUACAUAAAUGUGAAGUUCGUUCGAUAGAAAAUCUAAUUGGAAUUAUCUGGGCCGAAAUACUAUCAGGUCUCAUCUCAUCUUAAAAUAAUAAAAUUUUAUGUAGGUAUUCCGGAUUUAGAUCAAAAUGGUGUUUUGUAAACAUCUCUCAUAAUCAUAAUUGCGUUCACGUUGGUAAUACUUCAUGGCAUAGCAAAGGAAAAAAGCAUUUGCAAAAGAAAUGCUCAUUGUUGCCAGGUUUGGUCAGACAACGCCCAUGGGUUACCAAAUUUUGAAUGUCGAUGUACCGGACGCUGCUUCUUAUAUAAUAACGAACGUUGAUGGUAUAAAAUUACGGCACACAUAGUCUCACGGUACUUACGGACGUUCACUCCUAAUAAUGUAUGACUGCUUUAUUUACUAGGUACGCGUUUAUUAUUAGCGGUAUCAUAGUGCAUAAUAAAUUGAAAUAAAAUUAUUAAAACAACCUUUAAUAGAAAAAAAAAACAAUGUUACACCAUAAGAAUUGUGUCAAAGUAUGUAAGCCUUAAAUUACUUUACGAUAUUGAACCGUCCUCGCCAUCGAUACAUUAUUUACUUAACGAAACGUCAAAAUGACUACAAAAGGACACACUAUUAUUAUCAUGCCGCGAUCAGAAAGGGAUUAGAAAUGACAGAUUUCCAUACACUUACGUCUAAAUCAAUAUGGAUUGACAGCUAUCUCAAUCCCUUUUUAAUUGCGAUUCAGUAUACUAACGGUUUGUUAGUUUUGACAAACGUUUACGAAUAGAUACUCUAACAUGUGUGCGUCUGCGUUGGUAUAUGAUGAUGUGUCGAAAACAAAGAAUAUAAUACUCACUAGGAGAAGAACGAUAACUCCAUACAAAAAAAUGUCCCCAAACGUUUAUACAUUUAUACUAGUAGCGCCUUCGUUGUGUACCAAACACUAAAGUUGACAACCGGUUUAGCCUGGCCGGUAUUGGUAUUAUAGGUAUAUAGUAAUUCUGUUAAUAAACAUAUUUGUUAUCUUCAUAUCACGAAAUAUAUGAAAGAUGCAAAUAAACCCUUGUUUGUGGUAUUAUCAAUUGAUAAUUAUAGUUUUGUCACGAAUAAAAACAUUCUAUUCUAUUCUAUUUAAAUAAAAGGCAUGUUUAUAUUUAUAAUAUUGUAUUAUUUAUUAAAAAAAUGUUUUACUUAUAGAAAUAUACACUGAAAACUGGCAACUGGCAACUUAAUAAAAAAUAGACAUUAAUAAAGCGCAUUCACAAAAUUUUCAGUA